AUGAAGGACUACAACACUGAUCCACGUAACUCGCACGAUGGAGAUGAAAAUAUGAGCGAUGAAGAGGUUGAUCAGAAUGGGAAUCUGAAAGGAUUCAUCGACGACGAAGCUAUUGAAUGGAGUUCAAGCGAAGACGGAGGAAAGAUCGCAUCCGGAGAUGCAGAACGGGCUUUCAACAAGGACGAGCGUGAUAUCAUCCUGAAGAACGAGCAGGAAAAUGAGGAUGGUCUUGACUACAACAGUCACUUUGACAACAUCCGCUUGGAUGCGGCGAGUCACAAAAAACGUACUGUCAGUUGGCGUAAGGAAAGCCCAGUUCCUGCCAGUGUCUCAAGCCAGUCGUCCAAGCCAUCGAGGAAGCGGGUGAAAUGGGACCAAUCUUCUGACGAAGAAGUUGUGUCUCGUCCUCUGAAGCGGUUUGUCUUUGUUCCCUCGCUCUAG